GAAUUAUUACGUACCAAUGAUUCAUUUUUAUCGAGAUUGAAACUAUUCUGCUCAGCUAAUAAUAUAAGCAUAUGGCCUUGCUGUGAUAAGAUCUGAGAAAGGAAUCCAAGUCAGCUUCUACCAGCACGAAGAAUUACGCGCGUAAUAUAUAUGUUUCGCUACUAUGGGAGGUGGUGAAGGCCAUGAUCAUCAUGCCGAUGUGACUAGAGAAGAUCUUUAUAAAGAAUAUUCACCUAGCUACGUCGAAAGGUUUAAUAAAGUACUGGGAUCAUUCUUUGACAAGCCUGUGACAUUGUUUCGCGAACAAGUUGUUGAGAGAUUUCGAAAACCAUAUCCAUAUUAUCAUAAACGAUUCCCUCGUGUCCCAACAAUAGACCAGUGUCAAGUCAACGAUUUGGCAUGCAUACAAGAGGCCAAUAAGCAGUAUUUUCGUGAUCGACUAGUAGAUUUAAACAUUGUCAAAAUUCUUCGAAAUCGUAAAACUGAGUGUCAAGAAUGGUAUAAAUAUGAUGCGGAAGAUGUAGAUCGAUUCUGUGCUCCAUUAUUUGCUGAUUACGAAGAGGCAGCUGUCAACUACUACAUAAAAUAUGGAGAAUUGCACUGGUCAACAAACGUUGUGGACGCAUUCAUGAAACAGAAACAUCGCUUGCUAUGGGAAAGGCGUUAUGGUCCAGUUGGAAGUGGAAUGCAAAAGAAGAAGUUAACGGAAGCAGCUGAAAAGGAAACUAAAGAGAAGGAUAUGAUUACCAAAUUAAGAGAAUUGCCGUCCUUUAGACAUGUACCUAAAGAAGUCCGUUUUUGAUAUAUAUUCAGCAGUUUUUUUUACCAAACAUAUAUUAGUCCUUCGAAAAGUAAAUUGGCUGUUCCAUUCAACGUGUCCAGCAGUAUGCAUCUAUGUAUGAUGACUUCCCUAGUUCACAAUGCUUUUUUGUACCCCAGUCUCCUCUUUCUCAGUAUGUGUACACACCACCUGUUGACUUAGUUAAAUUAGUAAAUGAAGAAUUAUGCAGAUGAUUUGUUCUUUUUUGUUGUUGUUGUUAUUGUUGUUGGAUGAAUUGUUAUUCAAGUAUUCUCUGCUGUGAAGAAGAUCCCCCUUUUGUAGUUUUGUGUAUCACCUGAGAGACAUAGCCAACAGCAAACAGCAGCUUAGUUUUAAUUAAAAUUAAAUUAAACUCUUUUUCAUAUAUUUAGAAUAUGAAAAAAAAGUCUUAGGA